UGAUCGGCUUGGCCGGCACAAUCCAUGGGGAAUAGCCCAGCAAGCGAUAGGAGCAACGCCUAGGCGUCAAGGGCUUUUAGGGGCGACAUAUAAGACGCUCCUCAUGCGCGCGAGGCAGCGAACCAUCGUUCUUGUCGCACUCAUCAUCACACUUAAGUCUUUCUCGAUAGCAUGGCCCUCACACGCUCUCUGUAUGACCCAUUCACCGAAUUCGAUCGUCUGUUUGACGAUGCGUUUACUUCACGCUUCCGCCCUUCCACUGCCUUGACCGAGUCUUCCUUGACCGACAAGUCUCGUCUCACGAAGUUCCGCCCCAAGAUGGACCUCAUUGAGACAAAAGACAACCAGAUCAUGGCGAGGUUCGAACUGCCUGGCAUGAAGCCAGGCCAGGUCAACGUUGACGUGCAUAAUGACCACCUUACCAUCUCGGGUGAAUCGCAGCAGAGCACAGAGACUAAAGAUGGUCAGUUUGUGGUGCGCGAGGGUUCUUACGGACGCUUUGCUCGAACCCUGCAACUUCCUGAGGGAACCCAGGUACGAUCACCUAUACCAAGGAUAAUUCAAAAUAUGUAGCUGCAUCACUGUAGGCUGUAGCUAUCGGCUGGUAUUGCUAGGUUACGUUUAGCAUAUUUUCUCACGGGGAGUCCAAUAACGAGUGAAAUCAUUAAUUGCUGGUCUGAAGACA